GGAAAGCGUGACGUUCCCGCACCAAAAAUCAAUAGACGCCCUGGGGUCUCAGGGCUGGGUUUCUUCGUCAGAGAACUCUGAUCGUCGGCUCUUGGUCGCCGACGACGACUUCGUUGUGUCAUCACUUCUUCAGCCCGCUGUGAGUGCUGCCAGGGGCUCUGCCCUCGCGGAGGCGCCUGGGCCCCGUGGUCGCCCCCCCUCCGCUUGUCGGCCUGGUCGGGGCGCUCUCUCUCCUCGAGAGGGGCGGGGGCCCUACGAGUGGGUGCUGUGGCUGGACUGCGGUGCGGUGGUGGCCGAGCCGAGCCUGUCUGUGCCGUCGCUGCUCGCGCCUCACGGCGGUCGGGCCGGUGUGGCCACCUCGCUGGUCAUCUCCGCCGGCCACUGGGGGCUCCGGCCCGAGGCGUGGCUCCUGCGCGGCUCGCCGUGGGGCAGGGCCUUCCUGCGGCGCUGGGCCGCGGGCCUGCCUGGCGCGCGGCCCGCCGCACCGCUGAGCGAGAGGGUCGCACUGCAGCAUGCGGUGCUGCCGCACUGGGAGGCCUGGGCCUCGCAGGAGGGAUCGACGGUGGACUGGCAGGGGCUCCGGUGGCCGCCAGAGGUGCAGCUGAGCCGGGCGCUGCUCGCCACCGACGCGAUGGACAGGGAGGAUCUCGGCGGCGGGACCCUCGCGGUGCUGGACGGGGGGCCGUGAGCCGGGCUCGCAGGGACGGGCGGUGGCAGCGGGCUCUGGUGAA